AUGGUGAAAAUUCAAUUUUUUCGACAAAGAAAACUCUAUAAAUAUCAAGCAAACUCCUCCCUCUCUUCUUCGUGCUUCCCUCGUAAACAAUCCAUCAGAUAUGGCGUCUCUGUCUGCAUCGUCACCUCUAUGUUUCACAUUCGGCCGGCCAAGCCAACCCCCCUCGAGCUAAAACAUCUCUCCGACGUAGACGACCAAGAAGGCCUCCGCUUUCAAGUUCCCAUAAUGCUCUUUUACCACUCCAACCCUUCCGUGCAACCCAAAAACCCUGUCCACCUCAUCCAACAAGCCCUGGCCCAAGCACUCGUCUUCUACUACCCGUUCGCCGGGAGACUCGUUGAGGGACCUAACAGAAAACUCUCUGUCAAUUGCACUGGCGAGGGCGUCCUCUUCACCGAGGCCGACGCUGACGUCGAGCUCCCCCGCCUUGGGGUUGAGGUGGGGAACCCUUAUUUGGCAGAGCUUCUCCACGACGUUCCUGGGUCGAGCGGGAUACUCGGGUGCCCCCUCCUUUUGAUUCAGGUGACCCGGUUCAGGUGCGGUGGGUUUGUUGUCGCCGUGAGGGUGAACCACACCAUGAGCGACGCUCCUGGGAUCGUCCAGUUUCUGAACACCGUUGCAGAGUUUGCUCGGGGUGGCGGGGCGGAGGCGAAGAUGUUGCCCACUUUGCCGCCAGUGUGGAAGAGGGAGGUCCUCUCGGCUAGAUGGCCUCCCCGUGUCAUGUGCUUUCAUCAGGAGUUCGAGCAACGGGCGAGCGUGACCCUGUCGGAUUACUGUCAGCAGGCAGACAUGGUCCAUGGAACCUUUUUCUUUGGUCCCAAAGAGAUUAGGGCCAUUCAAAGCCAACUUCCCGAGAAGUGCACCAUAUUUGUGGCUCUCACCGCUUGCUUGUGGAGAACUCGAAUUCGGGCCCUCGGCUUUGACCCGGAUGAAACCAUCCACAUACCUGCGGGGUACUACGGCAACGCAUUCGCCUAUCCGGCCUCGGUGGCAAGAGCCGUGACGCUGGCGACAGAGCCGCUGGAUUACGCGGUGGGUCUCGUGAAGGCAGCGAAAGCUCAGAUGAGCGAAAAGUAUAUACAGUCGGUGGCGGAUUUCCUGGUGACCAAGGGGCGGGCUCUGUACAAGGCGAGGGGAAAUUUUAUUGUUUCAGACACGAGCCGGGCUGGGCUCGAUGGGUUGGAUUUUGGGUGGGGGAUGCCAGAGUACGGAGGCCCCGUGGCGGGCACAGGGCCGAUUUGUUUCUACGAGCGGUACAAGGGCGGCGGAGCAGAUGGGCGAGUUGUAAUGCUCUGCUUGCCGAGGCCAGCGAUGGAGAGGUUCAAAAGGGAGUUGAAUGAAAUAACGAGGGAAGAACGUGCGAGUGAGAGAUUGAUCAAAAGCUCACUGUAA